AUGCAGUGAAGUGGUUGCGUUUGGUUGCUUUCGGACAGCCAUGGAGCCCCGCGUGAGUAACGCUUGUGCAGACGCGCAGUGGAGCCAGCUGUCAGUUCAGAGUCAGCGCUGCACACACACACACAAACACACACGGCCACUCACUUUAGACUGAUUGAGACGCGCGUGUGCCUUCAGCUCUGACCGACAGCAGUGUGUUACCAGAAUUACAAAGACAUGGAAAAAUCAUUACCUAAGAGGAAGGAGUCUAUGAUCACCUGAUAUAAACUAACCCCCUGUGACUACAGAGGAGGCGGAACAAUGCCAGACUCCGCCUUCUCUCCGCCAGUUCCACCAAUCGCUGCUCUGAACUGUUCCCUGGACUUAUCGAAUUGUUCAAUCACGAACCUCUCUGCGAUUGCAUAUGGCGACGAGUGCUAUGGCAGCCACUCUUUGUUUGUUAUCAUGGCUGUUGCCUACAGUGCUGUUGUACUGCUGGGUGUCAUUGGAAACCUGGCUCUCAUCCUUGUGAUCGCACGCCAGCGGGAGCUUCACAAUGUCACAAAUGUCUUAAUCGCAAACCUCUCGGUUUCAGACUUGCUGAUGGCAGUGGUGUGUCUGCCCUUCACCUUCAUCUACACCUUCAUGGACCAUUGGGUUUUCGGUGCGGUCAUGUGUAAACUCAACAGCCUGGUUCAGUGCUGCUCCGUCUCAGUGUCGAUAUUCUCCUUGGUUCUUAUCGCCAUUGAGAGACACCAACUCAUCCUGCACCCUCGUGGAUGGAGGCCCAGCCUGAACCACGCUUGCCUGGGCAUCAGCUUGACCUGGGCCCUGGCUGUCCUCACCGCUACACCUUUUCUACUGUUCUCCCGGGUGACAGACGCCCCGCUCAAGCAGCUGCCUUCAGUGUUUCAGGAGCAGUAUCGGGGAAAAGUGGUGUGUGUGGAGGAGUGGCCCUCCAGAGAAAUCAAACUCACCUACACCACCGGCAUGCUGGUGCUGCAAUACAUCACGCCUCUCACAUUCAUCUUCAUCUGUUACCUGAAGAUAUACACUCGUCUGCAGCGGCGAAACAACAUGAUGGAAAGAAUCCGUGAAAACAAAUACCGUAGCAGUGAGUCUAAACGGAUAAACAUCAUGCUCUUUUCCAUUGUGGUGGCAUUUGCAGUUUGCUGGCUCCCGCUGAACGUGUUUAAUGCAGUCAUCGACUGGAAUCAUGAAGUGGCGAUGAACUGUACCCACAACCUUCUGUUCUCUCUGUGUCACCUGACCGCGAUGUGCUCGGUCUGCAUUAACCCCAUCUUCUACGGCUUUCUGAACCGCAACUUCCAGCGUGACCUGAGGGCCUUCCGACUCUGCAAGAUUGUGUCGACGCGUGAAAACGAAUAUGACAUGGUCGCCAUGUCCACAGUUAACACAGACGUGUCCAAGAUGUCUUUAAAAAUGAGUAGCCUAGAUCUCUGAGUUUUGUGAGUGACACUCGUUAUGGCAAGCCAUUUUAACAUUAGAUACUAGUACCAUUUUGAAAGAU